AAUGACAAUCUCCAAAAUCAACAAAAUCACAAAACCUUCUUUCACAAAAUUAAUUAAACAUGAUAGGUUGGGAAGAUAUAUACAAGGUGGUGGUGGCCAUGAUGCCAUUAUAUGUAGCACUUACUUUAGGUUAUGGUUCAGUGAAAUGGUGGCACAUGUUCAAGCCAGAACAAUGUGAUACCAUCAAUAGAUUUAAUUGUUUCUUCAUCCUUCCAUUUUUCAAUUUCCAAUUCAUAGCUAAUAUCGAUCCAUACAACCUCAAUUACCGCUUUUUAACCGGAGACGUAAUCGCUAAAGCCUUAGUGAUUCUGUUCCUCGUCUUAUGGGCUAACUUUUACAAAAAAGGGAGCUUUUCUUGGUCCAUAACGACUUUUUCUUUGUCCACUUUGAACAACACACUUGUUGUUGGGGUCCCAUUGAUGAAGGCCAUGUAUGGAGAUUUAGGGGUUGAUCUUGUUGUUCAAGCAGCUGUGAUUCAAGCUUUGUUAUGGCUAACUUCAUUGUUAUAUGCACUUGAGUUUUGGAAAACAAAAAUGAAUAAUAUUGGCGAUGAUGUAAGUGAUAAUACUGUUGAAUUGGGGAAUGUUGGUGACUUGGAAGGAAAUAAUUCCACCCAAAUAAGGAAUAAUAAUAAUAAUAAUAAUAAUAAUAAUGUUGCAUUAGCGUUUCGGCCUCUGAUGAAAGCUGUUUUUAUUAAACUUGCUAAGAAUCCCAAUUCUUAUGCUUGUUUUCUUGGUCUCUUUUGGGCUCUUUUAGCUAGCAGGUGGCAUUUUGAAAUGCCAAGUAUUAUAGAGGGAUCCAUUUUGAUAAUGUCAAAGGCUGGUAGUGGAGUUGCAAUGUUUACUAUGGGAUUAUUCAUGGCUUUGCAAGGGAAGAUAAUUGCAUGUGGAGCUGCAUUGACAAUAUAUGCAAUGAUUUUGAGGUUUGUUGUUGGACCAGCAACAAUGGCACUUGGUUGUGUUGUAUUAGGCUUGCGUGGAAAUGUUUUACACAUUGCUAUUAUUCAGUCAGCAUUGCCCCAAGCAGUGACUUCAUUUGUUUAUGCCCAAGAAUAUGGACUUCAUGCUGAAGUACUCAGCACUGCGGUCAUUGUUGGGACCAUAAUUUCCUUACCCUUGUUGAUAGCAUAUUAUGCAGUUUUGGAUAUAUUGCAUUAAUAUCCAUCUCCACCAGCAAGCGAUGUACUAUUAGUUGAUUAAUUAAUAGAAAUGUUAUUAAUUAGUGGAUAGAACUUUGCUUGUAAUUGUAAAUCUGCAACAAUUCUUCUUCUUCGUUCAUGAUUUCAGUACUCCUUAAGAAUCUUAAGUAAAAAGGAGUUCAAAAUGGCAAUGUGUUGGUAGCUGGGUGUUGAGUAUUGUAAUACACGUUAAACAAGAAUAUUGUGUCAAUGUAUAGCUUGUUAGCUACUUUCCAGAAAUCAGUUAUAGUCCAUUAGUUAGUUAUAACUAACUAGUAGCAUUGUGAGUAAGCAUAGUUAGUUAUGAACUACUCUAGUAUGUGGUCUAUAAAUAUCUAUCUCAUGUACCAUUUAUGAUUCAUUCAACUCAAUUCAGUAAUCAAGAAAUCUACACAUUCCCUAUUCCA